AUCUUGAGAUCCUGUGCUCGUUUUAGUUCAUUUUGCAUUGUCGUUGCUUCAUUUUAGAUGGUCACUUCGAGAUUUUGAUCCAUCACGACCUCCCGCAAUUCAGAUGAAGACGCGACUUUGUAGAUUCGUGCUCUUCGCACUUGCCUGCAGCUCAGCUUACGGGAAACACGGGAAAGCAACCAGGAAUGUUGUUGUAACAGCGGAAGAAGAAAAGAUUAGGGAUGCAGCUGGUUACAAUGCUAUUGCUGAGAUUCACCGGGAAAUGGAUGACGACCAUUCGGGAUCGAUCGAUCGAAAGGAAACGACUGGGUUCAUGAUGGAAGACAUGCAUAUGCGUGGAUCUGAUCGAACCCGUCGUGAGCACGCUUUCCAUGGUGAUGACGACGCAAUCACCGUCGAUGACUUGUGGGAGGCGUGGUUUGAGAGCGAUGAACGAGCAUGGACAACCGAGCAGAUCUUGAAUUGGCUUGUAAACGAAGUGAACCUACCCAUGUAUGCCGAUCGAAUCACAGAACUGAAGAUUGACGGUACUGUGCUGCCAAGACUGGCUGUGCACAAUUCAAGUUUUAUGACCAAUCAGUUAGGAAUAAAGUCAUCGGUCCACCGACAAAAGCUGCGCUUGAAUGCCUUGGAUGUUGUUCUCUUCGGCCAUCGUGACCCAUCCACCAGAGGAAAAGAUAUUGCGCUUGCACUGCUGCUCCUCCUACUCACCUCUGUUCUUAUUCUCUACGUCAAACAAAGACAGCGAGCACGGAUGCAGGUGACAGAGUUAUCGCAAAAGCUGAAGGAAUUGAAGAACAUGGAAAAUGAAUUCGAUUCCGUGCAGAAGAAGUGGAAUGAAGAACGGAAUAAGAGAUCUACUGCUGAUGGUGAGGUGAGCCAGACUGAAGUUGACAGCUUACGUGUGCAGCUGGAAGAAGCUGAACGUAGGCUGGAAGAGAAUGGAACAGGAGGUGUGCCUCUUGCACUUCAACCACUUUUAAGGAAGACUUGUGAAGUGGAGAUGGCUUUUCUGGAGAAACAAAAGCAAGAAUGCGUGAAGGAGAUGCGCGACGCUAUAGAAAUGGUAGAUCGCCUUCAGAAGAAGCAGUCAAGUUUAAUGUCUUCACUUAAGCUAGCAACAGGAGCUUCUUCGUCCAGUGAUCAAGUGGAUAGCAAGAUUUUCGCUCUGAAAAGCCGUAUGGAUAAAAUACAAGUGCUCACUCGUGAAACACAAGAGCGAUGGCUCCAGAUCGAAUCACUGUGCGGCUUCCCUAUUCUUUACAUGAAUGAAGCCGUACCACUCAUGCAACGGUCCACUUCCUCGUCUCACUUCUACGGUGCCAACUCAGUCGCAUCGUCGGUAUCGUCGAAAUCGGUGCCGUCUUCCUCCGGAUCGGUCGGUCAUGUUAGCAGUCAUACUAUCUCUGCUAGUGCGAAUACUACUCCACCAGUGGUCGUUCCACAAAAGCCUCCAUCGUUCCUUGCUGGUUCUUCCAACGGGAAUGCGCUUACGAAGGAAUCAGCUAAUGCCACGAACGGUGCUGCAGGUGGUAUCUCAGUUCAGCCGCAGCGCAUGGUGACCGAGGAUAACCUUUCUCUCACAUCCGCGGAUGGAAAGAAAAAGAAAAAUUUACUGAGAUUCUUCAAAAAAUCUUCUUCAAAGAAUCUCAUUGUAACUCCCGAAUGAGUAGCUUCUUCAGUUAGAUAUUGCAAUAUUGGUUGUAUACGUCUGUGUUUGUUUUGCCAAGUUGUGUUGAAAUGCAGAGCCUCUAUACUUGUCGCAUCAAAUUGCUCCUGGAGACGGUUCCCCGCAUCAGCCACCUUCGAUCUAGUUUUGAGUUCUCUUGUUGUGAUAUUCGUUUGCCUUGCCUCAUAUCAUUCAUAAAGUGCUUGGUAUAUUUGCUGUAUUAACUAACUGUCUUACUUGUCUGAUUAUAGCAAUCAUUGAAUCUAUUGGUAGUCGCAGUUGUGAUAUAAAUGGCUCGAACGGGACUCUUUAAAUUAUUCCCCCUACUUCAUCGCUAAUAAUGCCGCUUGUGAUUAUUUUUAACUGGUUAAACCGUGAUGCUUUAUUUAUUGUAAUAAAUUCUGAU